AUGGGAGAACGUCUAAAGGCAGCAUUGAGAGGUUACCUAAAAUAUAGACUGAUAAUGAGGAUCAUUGGGGCGUUUGUAGGAGUAGCCGUGGGAAUCGCUGGUUGCAUUGCGUUCGCCAAAGUGUUUCACAACUACAAUGCCGCCGCUUGGGCUGGAGUCUCUGCACUGUUUGCGGUUGUUUUCCUACACUUGCAUUUUGCGGUUCGCCGAGAUAUAGAAAGAAUCAUUCCANGACGUGGGUGUGCGUUGCAGGGUGGUAGGCGUUUUUUUUAGCGUAUUAUAUUUUCCUUUUGCGGUGAAGUUUCGUUAAUAUUUUAUUUCCUUGCCCCCCCCCCCCCGCCCCACCCCCGGUUGAAGACUAAUGGAAUUGUUCAGGGGUAUUUUAUAAAAAUUCAGGAUUUCUUUAGAGGUAGAGUUAAAAAAUAUGUAAUUUUUGGGGGGUGAAGCUGUACAGUACCGCAAAUGAUCCCCAGGCCACAAUUGAUCCCCAAAAUGGAUCGUAAAUGAUCCUUUACAGUGAAUUAACCCCAUUGUUGACUGCAAAUUAAUGAUCGCGAGAGGAAAGUCAAAAUGGCUUGGCAGUGGCGUAGCUACCCAUACCCACUGUACGCAAGUGUGUUCCUGAAAAAGUUUUGCACAAAAAAUAUAUAAAAUGAAUAAAUAAUAUAAAAUAAAAAGUUAAUUCUAAAAAGAAAGCAAAAUAUCUAAGAAUAUUUAUUUUAAGAGCACAGUUUGCCUCAAUUUAGUCAACUCUGGUUAUUUCUUUGAAAUAUAUUUUUUUCCUAAAACAACAGAUUUUUUCCUCUCCACCCAAAUGUCGGUUUCCAGGGAAAUGAGGUAAUUCAUUAAUGGAGAGAAUCUUGAAUGACAUACCGUAAAAUUUCGAAAAUAAGCCCCGGGGCUCGCACAACAGAACAUUGCAAAUUUGCAAGCCAUCAGAUUCACUUCAGAUUUCAGAUUCAAACUCUAUAGAGACUUGACCAAAACAGAACCUUUUCAAUUUGGUUUCAUGCAUUGCAUCUACUUAAAAACGACAAAAAAACCCGGUAACAAAAUUAUUGGGAUUCCUGACGAAUCCAGAAAAGUAUGUAGCCUUGUUGUGCAUCAGUCAAUAGACCCAUCUCGUAACAAAGUAUUUUAUAAGUUGCUAAUGUCAUUUUGUAUGCAGGAAAAAAUUCUUAGGCUUACAACAUAAACAAAUCUUUAAUCAAGGAAGUUUUUUUUGGGAGGGGGUGGGGAGGCAAAACGAUUUGGAGAAUUGUGCGUACCUCUGAAAAAAUCCCAGUUACGCUCCUGCUUGGACUCAAGUUACUGGAUCAUCAUGUCUAGUUUAUUAUCACAGCAAAAACUAUUAAAUGCAAUAAAUUUGGCUUCACAAAUAGUUGGAAAAAAGAAAGUAUUAAACUGUAAAACUACAUUCAAAACUUUGUCACAGCAUCCAAUGAAACACAAAUAAUAAUGGAUGUAAACAAGACAUAAAAUUAAAAAGUAUCAUUGAAAAAAAAAUAGCACUUGAAAAGCAAUGCAGUGUCAUAUUGCUUAAUUACUGGUAAGCAUUUACUGUGGAACUCACAAAACUGGAACACCAGAAAUAUUUAUAGAAUGUUAUUGUGUUGCGAGAAAUUGAUCAAUAAGGCGUAAGAUAACUAAACCACAAAUAGCAACAGUAAUUAGUUUGUGGUUUUGAGGUUUGCUCGCGUAUCCUGAACUUUAUUGUGAUUCGCCAGUACACAAUCAACAUUCCUGAAAAUUUUCAGGUGUUCACGGUUUUCUGAGUUUGACAGUAAGCUGAACUGAACGAAACUCCAACAUACUGUACUUAAAUUAGAAAUGAUAUCUUUCAAGAAGAAAUUUCUCAAAUCCAGUGUACAUGUAUGGAAUACUCAGUAUCAACUUAGGAAGAUGAUAUUUUUUGUGACUACAAAAGUCUCUGAAACUGACCCCAAAUAAAAAUGUGCUCUAGUGUGACCCCUCUUUGAAGAAUUCUGACAUAGGCACAAAAAAUUACGCUUACUUGUUCCUCUGUUUCUCAUUCCCUGUUUUUGUAUCUUUGUCGCUGUCUCCAGCAGCAAAGGCACAAGAAAUGAAUACACACACUCGCACCAAUAACUUACUUAUAGCUCUAAGUCAUGACAUUUUCACUAGCUGUAGCUGCUAGUAUUUUGACAUUACCGGAAACCUGUACAACGCGACAAAUUGGGGUCAUAUUUCUGCAUUCCUCAGCAUUAAAAUAAAAGACAAGUUUCCUGCCUUGACCUCCUUAAACUCCUGUCUUAAAUUUUCACAGCAAAGUUCAACAUCAAUUGCUAAAUAGAAAGGAGAAACAAUUUCCUAAAGAAUCAGAAUGGUUAUUUAUCAUUUUAAUUCAGUUCAUUUCAUUGUUUUACCCAUUGUUCAAGUUGACAGCACCAUUUUCCAUCCAUGCCUAAAACCCAUUCCAUUCCUCUACUUUUCACAUGAUCAUUUGCAGUCAACAAUGGGGAUCAUUUGCGGUACUGUACAAAGCUUUAAGACAGAAUCCACCAGGACAUUGAGUAAUUUUGAUUUUUAGUGGACAAAAGUCUUGUACCAGAAUAAUUUAAAGCAUAUUAUUGCAUUCUUUCUUACAUUUUUCAAGGGCUAAAGCUGUAAUAAAUCAUCUGUAGUAACACCAAAAAAAAAAUUUCUUAUGGGAGCCCGAGAAAGUGAAUGUCAAUUUUCACAAAAUUACAUCUUACACCUGAAAUUUUCAGAAUUUUACCUGUGUAAUCACAAUUCUUGUCAAAUUUGACACUCAUUUUCUCAGACUUCCAUGAGAAAUUUUCUUUGGUAUUACUAGAGAUGAUUUAUGACACCUUUAGUGCUUGAAAAAGGUAAAAAAUAAUGCAAUAUUCUUUAAAUUUUUCUGGUACAAGGUUUUUGUCCUCAUUAAAUUUAAAAUUACUCAAUUUCAUGGUGGAUUCCAUCUUACUUUUUAGGAAAUUCUUCAGGGGUGGACCCUUAUUCUUUAGGGAGUAGACCCAAGCCCUAGGAUUUCAAAGUACAUGUAACGAUCAUUUCCGGUACCAUGUCAUUACCAUGAUCUUAAAAUAACGGAGCCAAAAAAUAGUUUCCCAGGGACAUUAUCCGGAUAUAUUCAGGCGAUAUACCACUCAUAUUCUUAACAAGUAGAGCAAUUCUUUGGUUAUGACUCGGCUUAUAAACGAAAUUAAAACAAUACCGUUAUUCUAUCAUCUGUCAUCUUGAAUUGUUCCCAAAGUGCAUUGCACAUUACUGAUGACUCUCACAUGAAAGAUGUUUUACAGUUAACAACAGCGAUUGUUAUGGCUUCCAGUGCCAAGAAAAAAAAAUAUGUCUCCAAAAGUUUAAAAACAUUUAGAAGGUGAUCUUUUGGCGGCGAAUUCACUAUUGUAACUGAUGAUGAGGCCCAAAUCUCUUUAACUAUGAAAACACAAGAUCUUUAGUGAACAUUUCAAGUGAGCAUACUUCUUCAGUUGCAUCGAAGAGGAGUCUGGAGUUUUAGACACUUUAAUGCACACACAUUUAACACUUAAAUUGACCUUCCUCUCACACUUUAAUAUAGACAUUGAAGUUUUUCGUAAAUAAUAGUACACACUGACGUUCUUUAAUUUUAAAGUACGUUUAACAACUUGUCUCUGUUCAUUAAAAGAAAUAAAAGUGGGUUACUAUGAAUUUACGCGGAACCAAAAAAUCGUUACAGAUGGGUUUCCAUGAUCUCGGGCACGGAACUGAAAAAUAUUGUUAUUCAUGGGAUUUGAAAUCGUAGGGCUUGGUAGACCCAUAUUGUAUGGAAGCUCUUCAGGGAUGAAUGUAAUUUUUAUUUGAUCUAAGCUCGGAGGUAAGAAGUCCUUAACCAGGGGAUAGGGGGGGUACAAAUUUUAAUGAAAUAGCCCUCGUGUGAAAGUAGUUGGAAUCCCUAACUUAUUCCUCCACAGGGUGUCAGUAUCUAAAGUUGGGCAGAAACAACUUGUCAGAAGCAUGCCUUUCCCUUGUCAGUACAAAGUGUGAAGUAGUCUAUGAGCAGUUUGCAUAUAAAAAUUUGCCACCUUCGAGGAGAGGUGUUAUGCAGUGGAAGGAGAUUUUGGCAAAUUGAUUUUCAGUCAUGCAAGCAACCUCAUUCCCAAGGUUCUCUCUUACUCAAGGCAUGAAAUUAUUCAAACUUCUAUAUUUCCAAGAGUUUGUAGCUAAACUAUAUAUAACCAAGAUUCCUUCUUUUGGAAAUUCAUCAAGGUAAAGCUGUGAUAUUGUGAAGCUGGCUUUUCAUUUUAAGCCCAAAGGGUGAAUCAAUAUCAAUGCUUCAUACACUGUUCAUGUAAAAGAAACUAGUAAUGAGAAUGAAGGAAAUGAUUUUUCGAGAUGAAUUUCCUUAAUAUUUUAAACAAUUUCCCUUCACCACUUCCAUAGAAAGCAAAAAAGGGCAACAAAUGCAAAUUUAAAUUUUGGUAUUAGGGUUUAAAGGGUUAAUUUAGUGGGAAAUACCAUUGUACAUGCUUCUGCUGGGAGUGACACUGUUGUUUCUCAUUUUUGACAGGAAUUCAUACAGAUCGAAAUUACAUCGUGUGCGUUUGGAAUUUUAUGACCUUCAAGUGGGGUUUAUUUUCCUUCCUGGCAGCAAGGAAAUUUAGAAUGCUUUACUUUGAAAUGGAUCCCCAAAGUAGAGGCCUUGUGCAGGAAGCCUAGUAAGAAAGUGAGAUGAUUAAAAAACAAUACCCUUUAGUCGCAUCCUACAGUAUAUCCAAUAAUAGAGACUGAGGACCAGCGAAGAGUCAAAGACCCUGCUGAAAAACAAGGAUUUUUAACACCAAGCUCUUGUUCCCCAACUUCUUCCUUAAAGGUUGGAAUAAGAUGGUACACUGUAUGUAACACUUAUCAUGCUGACAAUCCCUAAAUAUACUUCUCCAAACAAGUACCAUAUAUAACAGAAUUGUUGCAGACAUUGAUGUUGAGAACAUCGCACUAGGAUCCGUUCUACACAUUUUAGUGGAUAGCUUGCACUCUUUUAACCUUAAAAUCAAAAGUGGCUCAGGGCUUACCGUAUUUAUUCGAAUAGACACCCAACCUCCAAUUAGCACCCACCUCGAAUAAGCGCCCAUCCUAAAGGUAGAAAAAGUUAAUAAGCGCCCAGCCUUGAAUAAGCUUCGCAUUUUCUUAUUACCAAAUGUUUUGUUGCAAAAUAAACCUACUGCACUUGCUGAAAAUGGUGAAAAUUUAAUAAGUGCCCACUCUCAAGGUCAAUGCAAGGUCCAAAAAUUUAAUAAGUGCCCAGGGUGGUUAAUGGAAUAAAUAUGAUAAUUCCCUGGCAACCAGGGUGUAUUAGAUAUAUCAUGCAAAUAUUUAUCUCACUUCAAGCUAGAAAGACCAUAAACACAAAUAAAAACACCAUGGCUUAAUUAGUACAUGAUGCCAAACAUAAAUCGCUGAAUUGGUAGCUAGCUUCGCUGUAAAAAUAAAUAUCCUUCUACUUGCCACAGCGGCCAAAACAGUUGCAGCUUGGAGUGCUGUCUAGGUGUCCCACAUUUAAUAAUAAAGUGGUCAGCAAAUAGAAAAUGCUUUGAAUUUUUUAUCAUGAUUCAAAUUCUGUUUUUGCAGGCUAGAACCAACAAAAACUAGUCUUUAUCCAUUCCUGGAUAAGCUUUAAAAAAGUUUCAGGGAAGGUGUGUUCAUGUAGUUUUUAUUACAAAACAAGUGACAAAUGUGUCAUUUAGGUUCUUACUGUUCGUACGAAUUGUUUGGGUACCAAACGUCCGUGGGUACGAAACGUCCGGAUUUCAUUUAGGUCACAAAAAGUCUCAAUGCCGUUGUUACACAAUCAAGGGUCUUGUGAAGCUCUUGUCUUAGCAUAUUAAUAAAUUUUGCAGUUCCUUUAAGUUAUAGAGUACAGAGAAAGUGAGCCCAGUUCAGACACCAAACUUUUGAACAUGAAAACUUCGGCGUCUGAAUCAAUUAGAAACGCCUGUUUCAAUUUGGAACGGCGCAGCCAUUCCUUUCACCUAACCGGCCGGGAAUUUUGACUCUGGAUCGACUUUGGAACGGCUUUGACUCAGAUGCCAAACUUUUCAUGUACCAAAACAAAUGCAUAAAUUAUUAUUUUGAGCAGUUUGACAAAAAUGAAUAUUUUUCUCCCCUUCAAUUUAGCUCGGCUGGAAUUAAGAUCGGCGUCUUAAAAAUGUGGGUCAGCCCUAAUUCGAAUUGGGUUCGGUUCAUGAAAAGUUUGGCGUCUGAACCGGGCCUAAGAGUGCUAUACUGUUAAUGUCGUUGGCUCUGGUUCUUAUAAAACAGUACCAUGGUAAAACAGGUGUGGUUCCAUGCCACCGUUAAAUUAUUGUUUCUUAUCUCCUGAUUGUUCAAACCGGUUUCCAUUUCCCUGAAGAAGAUUAUAAAAUCGGGAUUCCACUGUAAAAUUAAUAAUCCCAUUGGCGGAUCCAGAUCUUGAGAUAAGACGGGAGGGGGGGAAGCGGUCUCCUCUGGGGCCUCAGUUUGGUUUAAAAAUACAGAGGGCCCCCUCCCCCGGAUCUGCCACUGAAUCCUGCAGUUAAGCAAAUACAUGAUAAUUAAUGUGGAACUGUGUAUGCAUUUCUUUUUGCUUCAGUAUUCAUUUUUAUACCAUCUACUACACAAGAAUGAUGGAUUAAUGAUUGACUGAUUCUCACAAACAUGCAUCUACCAGUUGGCUUAUUAGCUCAGUGGACCUUUUUGACUGCAGUACCUUUAAUUUUUCAGGGUUUAAUUUCUUGCAAGAAGUUAUAUGUGACCCUUAAAGGGCUCAAAAGGGAAGGUAAAAUAUCCCUGGAGUAAGAACGAAAUGUGGUCGUUUCGCCCGGACUGAAGUCGAUUUGCCCGAUGACAAACGACAGGGGCGUAGCCAGCUUUUCGACUAGUUGUAGCCUGGCUGUCUUUCAUUUCCACAUAUCCUGUAAAUUGCACGCAUUGCUAGUAUGUACUGACCUUACCAACACUUGGAGUUCUUAAGCUAUUUAGCUCACCCCAGCAAGGCAUAAUCAUAGGCUCCUGGCAUAAUUCAUUACAAGCGAUAGAGUGAUACAACCAAAAAUUUGAAGGCUUGGGCCUCCAGGUCUGCGGGCUGGCUACACCCCGAACGAUACUCUACAACACGAAAUUAUGAUUUUUAGUUCAGCUUGGAUACUAUUGCUGCGAUUGCUAAAAAAGGGCCCAGCGAUCUGACAGGUCUUAGCGAUCUCGAUAAUUACAUGCGAGAUACUAAAACACUUUACAUAAAACUGAGGUCUAAAUGUAAGUCAGCGAUCACAAUACAACGAUCGCUUCGUUGAUCUUUAAUAUAUUUUGUGUGAAGUUUUCACUGAAAAAAGGUUGUUGAUCCACAUCCAUAGUCACUUUUGUUUCACGCUUAUUCCUUUCCUUAUUCCAGGAUUUCAGAACGACAAAUAAACAUCGGGCGAAUAGGCCACUUGCACUAAGAGGUCACCUGACUAAUGCUUCUUUUAAACAAUGAGUUGGAAUCUUGCUGAUGCCAAAAAUUGUUAGAGCACACAAAAAUUAUCUUACACCCGAAAUUUGAGAGGAAACGCACUUAAGGGAGAUAUUUUAUGGCACUUUGAUUUUUCAGCAAAGUAGUAUGAUUUGUAUUGGCCGCCAUGUUGGAGGGCAUGCUUUUGCCCUCCAACAUGGCGGCCAAAACUACUUUUUGCUUAUAUCUUGUUCAACGUUUCAUAGUAACGCUCAGAUGUGCUGUAAACGUUAUCACAUCAUCUUUUCAACAUUUUCCUUGAAGUUUAAGUGCAAAAUUUGUGUUCAGAGAGAGGUAAUUCAUAAUUUUAAAAAUCACAUUUUGGUCACGUGACCAUUUACGAACUUAUUCAUUUUAAGAAAAUGGUUCGGGUUUGAAAAACCAAAUCACCAUUAUUUUGUUUACGAUAUGACCCACUAAUCGUUUUUCGAAGGCAAAAUCAUAUAACUUUCAUUUUCAUAAAAACGAUGUCACAUGCCUCUUAGUGCAAAUGGCCUAUCGACUUAAUUCCAGGCGAAACAACUGUGACUUCGGGCGAAACGACCUUUUACUGUAAGAAAUUUCCCUUGAAGAUGGGGGAGGACAGGGUGGUCGGAGUUGUUGAGAGCAAGGAGUAGGAAGGGUGGGGGUUCUAAGCAUCCUCGUCCCCAGGGCUUUUCCCUUAAAAAAGGGAAAAGCCCUGGGGACGAGGAUGGGUUCUAAGGCGAUUUUUCUCUCUCUCCCCCCGCGUGUCGCCUUUUCUCGCGUGGGGUGAUUUUCACGCGCGCUCGCGUUUCGCUCGCCCUACUAUCCCUGAGGAAAAAUGGGGGACUACUCGUAGUCUACAAUCGCUGUAAACAAGGAUCAGGAGGACGACGACGCCCUUGAAUUAAUUAACUGUGUCUACAAUUUCACAAAAAAUGUGCCGUCUUCAAGACACUAUCCGUGACCCUGGAUUUCUACUUUAACACAAAGACCCCACAAAUUCAGAGGAAACUAGCGGUGAACUGAGAAAUAGACUUCUCGAUGUCUACAACCUCAGAAUGAAAUCCUGUCAUCUUGAUAACACUAGCAGCGAGCAGCAUUGUUAAGGAGACACUUACAUCUAGAAGGAGCUAAGUUGUUCUAAAAUGACAAAAUCACUAUAAUCUCACUUGGGAGGAACUUGAAUCAGUUUAAUUAGAACAGAUGCAACUUUAGGGUGUGUAAACAAACAACCGCAAAAGAAAACCAAACUCGUUUUGCGGUUGCCGUUUGUUUACACACCCUAAAGUUGUAUCUGUUCUAAUUAAACUGAUUCAAGUUCUUGGAUAAUAGUAAAGUUUCAAAGCAAGUCAAGAGGAAUUUGCAAAACUCAGCAAAAUGGACUUGAACUUCAGUCAGGCAUUCCUUGCCAUAAUUCAGUACACUGCGAGAAUCCUUAAUGCACUCGUUAAGAAGAUUAUUAGGAAAAGAGGUCACCGUCACGCGUCCCGAUCGACCCUUGAAAACAAAAAAAGAAAACUGUUACAAUAAAAUAGACGCCGUUGAAGAAAACACUCGUACAUCAUCACUUCAUAAACAUGAAGAGAGAACAAAAGACAAAGAGAAAAUAGGGACAGUUCCUUGUCACUCCCCCACUAGGCUUACACCUGUCGGAACACGAAAACCCAGCCCAAAUUUCAAUGGGACGGCAAAACAAAUCCAUUCAAGAAACCACGAGUUUUGUUCAACAAUGGCCUCUUGGUGUCGCUUAAGGUCAUGUUAUCUUUUUCUGACUUCUUAAAAAGUACCCUUUUAACACAUUUCCUUUUACCAGUUGAAACUUCUUCAAAACGUCUAAAACAAAACCCGGGCCACGGUUUUAAAAUUUAGUCCGAGAUCUCUGAGGGUAAUUGGGGGCCAUGUAAGGAUUAUCUCCUGAAACAGUCAGAAAUCGUGGUAGUUUAAUUUUCUUUUAUCUCACUUUCAAUGAACCAAUAUUCGAUUAACUGAAGACAUACACAGAAAGAAACAAUGAAAAUAACAGAAUAUUUUCCAAAAAAAUUGGACCACGUGCGCGUGAUCAUGCAAACCACGUGUUGCUGGAAACAUCUGGACAGCACCUGAUUGCGCAAUGACUGACGUGACGUCAAAAGUUUGAAAAAGCUCGCGAUGAUGUAAUGGCGCGACCUGUCGAAACAGAUGCGAGCAGGCGAAAAUGGCCGCGUUUUAUCGCUACUCCUGUUUAUGGCACGGUUGUGGCAAGCAGUGUACAUCUUUAUUAGACUUAAUCGACCAUAUCGAAGUAGUGCACAUAGAGAAGGACCCAAGAGUUCUCGAGAAACAGGAAGCGGCUCAACCUGCGGCCUUACCGCUUUCCUACAUCAACUGUUUCUUCACCGAUGCAGCACGCAAUGCCAUAAAACAGAAGGAGCCAGUUUUGAGCGUUACAGAACCUUCAACGCCGAGCCCCGACCACGGUGUUAUUAAGAAGAAACGCUCUACUCCUCCUAAAAUCACCCUACAAACAAUUAGUAACUCCGAUGUACUUGACGGGGGAGAUGAUGAUGGAAAUUUGAGCGACAACAGCGACGAUUCUUGGACUUCAGAUAGCUUCGCAAGCGACCUGGUGUUGAAUGCUGUGGCAACGGACGAUGGCGAAGGAAAGCGAUAUAUUUGUCCGGUUCCUGGUUGCGGAAAGCGAUACAAGAAUGUUAACGGGAUUAAAUAUCAUGCGAAAUAUGGACAUCGAAAGGACACAAACAGACCCAAAAUAAAAGCUCACAAAUGCCAUUGCGGGAAAAGCUACAAAAGCCCAAGUGGCCUACGACAUCACAUAGUAACGCAACAUCCUACGACCCCCAAGCACUCAGUGCCUCAAGAACUCGAAAAUGUAGCGUGA